UUGCAGUCCAAGUGUGUGUGUGUGUGUGUGUGUUGUUGGCCGACCUGUGGACAGAAACACAGCAGUGUGUUGUAGGUCAAAGUUUCCAGUGGGAGCGCGCGACUGUGAAUGUGUGUGUGUGUGUGUGUGUGGCUCUUAUCUACCAGAGAGAGAGACUUCAGCAGUGACUCUUCAGAGCCUGUGUGUGUGCGUGUGCGCGCGUGUGCGUCUCCACGCAGCGUGUCUCUGCGGCUCUGACACUGCUGCAUUGACUGUGUGUGUCUGUGUGUGUGUGUGUGUGUGUAACACCGUGUGUAAUGUGUUUUCAGAGACAGAGUUCUCUCUCUGUCCUCUGGUUGCCUGUCCUCUCUCUCCCUCUCGCUCUGUCUCUCUCUCUGUCUCUUCCGUGCUCCUCCGUCCUCCUUCCCGGUUUGAGCCCCGGUGACGCGCCGCAGUCAUGGGUGGCAGUCUCGGAUGCCACCGCUCUAUCCCCAAAGACCCCACGGACUUCGGCUGCGGGAAGCGCAAAUUCAGCGCCGCGUGCAACUUCAGCCACAUCCUGGUGAACCAGGAGCGACUCAACAUCAACACCGCCACCGAGGAGGAGCUCAUGACUCUGCCGGGAGUCAACCGCACUGUCGCGCAGAACAUCGUGGAGUACCGGGACUGUAUCGGCGGCUAUAAGAAGGUUGAGGACCUGGCUCUGGUGAGCGGCAUCGGCGCCACCAAACUGGAGGCGAUCAAGCUGGAGAUCUGCGUCUCCAGCAGGACCAGCUCGUCUCAGCACUCGCCGUCCUCCCUGCGCAAAGACCCGGACCACCAAGGCUGCGGCACCGGCAUCAACAUCAACAGCGCCACCGCGGCGCAGCUCAUGAGCAUCCGCGGCGUCACGGAGAAGAUCGCCAAGAACGUCGUGGCGUACCGCGUGGAGAACGGCCCGUUCAAGAGCAUCGAGGACCUGGUGAGGGUCAACCACAUCAACAGCUCCCUGCUGGACAAGAUCCGCUUCCAGGUGUUCGUGGAGCGGUCCAGAGCGCCGUCCACCAACACCAACGGAGGACUCACCUGCACCACCAAGUCCCACCCGAGCCCCACUUCGUUCAGCUACAGGAGCGACGACCUGGACCUUCCGCCCGGGGGACCGACCCAGAUCAUGUCCGUGCGGCCCAGCGUGGAGCCUCCGCCCGGGCUGCGGGACGGGAAGCCCGUGGUGCGCGUGGCGACCUGGAGCUUGCAGAGCUGCUCCUGUGACAAGGCCAACAACCCCGGGGUCAAAGAGGUGCUGUGCAUGACCCUGCUGGAGAACGACAUCAAGUUACUGGCAGUGCAGGACCUUUUGGAGCGGGAGGCUCUGGAUAAGUUCUGCGUGGAGUUAAACCAAGGAACACUGGCCAGCGUACGGAAGUGGAAAUGGCCUCGAGGGACGUGGAAAAGUGUUGUGUCCGAAAAACCCACGGGACACUCAAGCAAGGGAGUGAGCUACUCUGGUUUUUUGUGGGACAGCUCGGCUGGCGUCGACCUGAAGGACGCCACAGUGCUGGAAGCGCCUGUUGUCAACGGCAACGGCAGUCAGGCCUACCCUGUCCUCUACCUGGCUCACUUUUUGGUUGGUUCAUAUGAGCUGACCAUGGUGAACGUGCACAUGAAGGCCACAGCAUCGUCAUCAGCAGAGUCUAACGGCAAAAACCACAACACAGAUGAAGUCAAGUGUCAGCGACUCUCGCCAAGUAUCCAGGAGACACUCAAAGCUGAGAAGGAGUUGGUGGUGCUGGGAGACUUCGGCUGCCCGCCUCAGAGCUCAGAGCUGGACGUCCUGAGGAAGGAGAAACUCUGUGCCCUCGUACCAUCCACGCAGUUCACCAACAUCAGCACACGCUCUCCACAGGGCAACCAGUGCCUGGAUAACAUCUGGGUCAGCCGCUCCUUCAAGAAGAUCUUCUCUGGUCAGUGCACGGUCGUGCGGGAGGGACUGACCAACCCCUGGAUCCCCGAUAACUGGUCGUGGGGCGGCGUGGCGUCGGAUCACUGUCCCGUGGUGGCGGAGUUUUACGCAGACGUGUCCCCGAAAGAGCUGAGCAGACCCGGCACGGCGGCGGUGGACAGGAGAGACAUUAUGCCCAAACACGAGCGGUGACAGUAGAGACAGUAGUGGUUGAGUGACAUUCACAAUGAGACUCUGUCCUGUCGGGAACCUGUGCUGUCGUCGAGCGUCCUGAUGAAUGUGAACAAGUGCCAAGAUUGCCUUUUUUUGGAGGGGGGGGGGGGGUCAGUUUAUCAGUGUAUCACAGUGACUGGUAAAGCCAAGGAAGUGAAGAUGAAAAAUAUAUAUAUAGAUAUAUAUUUAUACAUAUAUAUGUAUGUAUAUAUACAUAUAUGUGUAUAUAAAAGGUGAUUUAAAUGCAGAAAUGUGCCAAACAUUUUCUAUAUGUAUAUGAAAUAAAGACAAAUUGAUAUAUGUUCCUCCUGCUGCUGCUGCUGCUGUGUCUGAAUAUUAAUCAUGAUCCGCAAUCAUCGCGUGAAUGUUUAUCAGUGGAGAUAAUAAUCUCGCGAGAGCUGUAAAUUAUGUAAGCAGACAUCUGUGUCUGUAUUAUACGACCUCUGAACUGUUAACAACGUUUUGUUUUCUUUUCCACAUGUUUCGUCUUUAAGGUGAAGGGCUGUACAGACUUUUAUUUUUUGUUGUUGCAAUAACUCACAAUAAGGUUUUCCAUCUUCCCUGCUCAGUUCUUGUCAGAUUGUGUCACAUUAUUCAGAAGUGGCCGAGUGGCGCCACCAUGUGGCAAGGAAAGCGAGGUGUUAAAGAAGUAAAAAAAAAUGGAAAACAACCAUUUGCAUUUGGAUAAUUUUGAUCCAUCGGCGGAUACUUGAUUUUGAUAUUGAAACACGGAAGACUUUUAAAACAGCAGAUGGAUUAAUAAUAAAAAUAAAAAAUGUAUAAACUUAGUUAUUUACUGAUUCUAUAUUGUGGUUUUCCACGUUCCCUGUUAUAGCCCAGAGGUUUCUUCUACCAGCAGGCCACAAUCAUCAGGGUCACACUGUGCUUCUGGGAAAUGUCACUUUUUUUUACCCAUGUGCUCAUCAUCUGUUUUUCAUUGUUGCACAAGUCCCCACAGAGAGUUCCUGUGACUCUGUGACCGGGUUUUUAACCCUAACCCUAACCCUGUGAAUUAUGAGGAGUGUGUCUUUUUAAAGUCAAAUCUAAUCAAAGGUGCACAGGAGAGAACACACAGCCAACAAAUCAGAAAUCAUUCCAACACCAGAUUAAAAGAAAGACACAACAUUCAGUCAUUGUCAACACACACACACAAAUAUACGUAUGUAAUAUAUACAUAUGUGUAUAUAUAUAUAUAUCUAUAUAUAUAGAUAUAUAGAUAUGUGUGUGUGUGUGUGUGCUAGGCUGGAUACUGUUGGUAUCAAUAUACUAAUAAAGUUAUAUUCCCUUCUAAUGUGCAGACUAGUGUUAUACACACACAGCACAGCCGGGGGCAGUAGGAGAACAUUCAAUGAUCUUAAAUACAUGGAGAGGACAUAUCUUCAAACAAACAUAAAAUAAAAAAGCCUUUUUUUCUGUAUUAUUCCCAAUAAUAGUUGUAACUUUAUUGAUUAAGUUUCAAAACCAAAAUACUUGGUUUUGAAAAAGUUAUCAGGUAGUUUAAUUUUACACAAUUGUGCAAAAUGUUCAUCACUUGAAAAAUAAAAGCAUUCUUUUAUCUAA